AGCUCGAGGGUGUGUGUGUAUGUGUUUUGGGGGUGGGGGGCAUCUUGUUGGUCCUGUCCGAGCCCUCAUCUUGCACCCCGACCUGCCCACGCUCCACUGUGCGGUGUCCACGAGGAGAGCUCGGGGCCCUGACUCUAAUUGAAGAAAAAUGAUGGAAGAGAGUGGAAUAGAGACAACGCCGCCAGGGACUCCUCCCCUGAAUCCAGCGGGCCUGGCUGCCACCGCCAUGUCUUCUACCCCAGUUCCCUUAGCUGCAGCCAGUUCCUUCUCUUCUCCGAACGUGCCCGGCAUGGAGCCCUUGCCACCGCAUUCGUACUCGACCCCCCAGCCGUCCCUGCCCCCCGUGCGGCCGUCAGCCCUACCACCCUUUGUGCCUUCAUCAUCAGCUCCUUCAGUUCCACCGAGUGGCACUUCCAUGCCACCGGCCGUCUCUCCACCAGCGGCCGCCGCCUUCAGUCACCCUCCUGCGUCUCACUUCCCACCAUCAGCUUCUUCCCCGGGCACCCUUUUGUCUUCACCCCCUUCCGGCCCUCCCAUCUCAGGGUUUUCGGUGGGUACAACCUACGACAUUACAAGGGGCCAUGCAGGAAGGGCCCCCCAGACACCUCUGAUGCCAUCAUUUUCUGCGCCUCCAGUAACAGGUAUUAUGCCAGCCCCUAUCACUCAGCAAGCCAGUCUGACUUCUCCUGCCCAGGGACCUGGCACCACAUCAGCCAUCACUUUCCCUGAGGAGCAAGAUGAUCCAAGAAUCAGUCGAGGUCAGGAUGACGUCUCUGCUGGUGGAAUCUGGGGUUUUAUUAAGGGUGUGGCUGGGAAUCCUAUGGUGAAGUCUGUACUGGAUAAGACGAAGCACUCAGUAGAAAGCAUGAUCACCACUCUGGAUCCUGGCAUGGCUCCAUAUAUCAAAUCUGGAGGUGAACUAGACAUCGUGGUCACCUCAGAUAAAGAAGUCAAAGUGGCCGCUGUCCGAGAUGCCUUCCAGGAGGUCUUCGGCUUGGCUGUGGUUGUAGGAGAAGCUGGACAGUCUAAUAUCGCCCCACAGCCGGUGGGCUACGCAGCUGGAUUAAAAGGUGCCCAGGAGCGCAUAGAUAGCUUGCGGCGGAGCGGCGUGAUCCACGAGAAGCAGACGGCAGUGUCAGUGGAAAACUUCAUCGCCGAGCUGCUGCCAGACAAGUGGUUUGACAUUGGUUGCUUGGUAGUUGAAGACCCUCUGCAUGGCAUUCGCCUGGAGACUUUCACACAGGCCACGCCGGUGCCCUUGGAGUUUGUGCAGCAGGCUCAAAGUCUGACUCCCCAGGACUACAAUCUGAGGUGGUCAGGCCUUCUGGUGACAGUGGGCGAAGUCUUGGAAAAGAGCUUACUAAAUGUCAGCCGGACUGAUUGGCACAUGUCUUUCACCGGAAUGUCUCGUCGACAGAUGAUCUACAGCGCAGCCAAGGCCAUGGCGGGCAUAUAUAAGCAGCGCUUGCCACCCAGGCCCCUGUGAGGGCACUGUGGGCAUACUGUGACUUUGCCACGCCUUGGGCUCCAUGUCAAAGAAGGCACUAACCCUUCUUAUGUUGAAUAGCUUCAAUCCAGCAGUUUUUCUAGUUUUCUUGUAGGCUUCAGGGUUUUUUUUUAUUUUUUUUAUUUUUGGUCCCUCUUAUGAAGACACGCUGUCAUUCCAAAAGAAGAAAAGAAAUCAAUCCUUUUUACAGUCAUAUGAUUUCAUAUAUCCUAGUUCUCAAGAGGGAAAAUAUUCAAAUAUAUUUAUAGCACAGUUUAAUGUACCAAAUUUAUAAAAUGGAAAUUCAUGUUGACUUGUACUGAUACUGAGUUCUUUUGUUUUUUAAGGAAUUCAUAGUUCCUCUGUGUUUUGUAGACGCUGGGCCAAAAUAAGAGUCCUUUCUUUUUGGUCAUCGUGACUAUGUGUAGUCUAGGAAUUUAUACUUCAUUUCUUUCUCUUUUUAAUUUUGGCAUCUUAUUGAUAUAUACUAUGAACAUUGGGGUAAUGUAUUUUAUUUUUUUCAUUGCUGUAUGAAAACUAAAGAGUAAGUGAUCCAAGUAUGUUUGAGCUCAGGAAGGCUCACAUUAUUUUUGUGUAAUACUCUUCAGUGCUUCCUAGAGUGAACUCUGACAACAGGAAUUCGUCCUGCUUCCACUGAUUUUCUUCCUACUGUACAAGAGGAAUUUGGGGGGGAGAGGAGGACCUGGUUGUUCAGGGUAUGUCUUAAUUGAAAUUACUUCUUCAUUUGCCUUGGGCUCUACUUUUCUAACCUUGUGCCAGUUCGGCCUAUUAUUUUUUUAUUGACAUUUUCAAAGGAACUAUUUUAUAUUCAGUCUUGUUUAUUUAAUCCAUUAUGUUUAUAGUUAAUGAAAAAAUGUCAUUCUUGAAAUAAUAUAUUUUACCAUUUUUGGAUUUACAUAAUUCAAAAUUAGGUACCUGUUUUCUUAUACAGUUGAACUCUAUGUGAAAGUUUAAAUAACCCUUUGAAGAUAGUUUCAUAUGUAAGUAUAAUUUAAUUUUCAUUUACCCUUUGAUACGGAUAUGUAGCUAUUAAAGAAUUAGCACAAUUUAUGCCAGUUUUAUAAAGGAUACUGAAACUUUCAUCUUGCACCAUGUUUAUGUGUACGAUUUGUUUUAUAUUAAUGUUACUUCAAGCAAUUUUUUUUCAUUUGGCUAUUUUUUACAUGAGGAUGAGAAGAAUUAAGUAUUGGUUUUAAAAUGAUAUUUGUUAGUAUUCAAGGACUAUAUAAUGACAGUUUGUGAAAUCCAGACUUCUGUGUCAUUUGAAGUAGAGGGAAGUGAGCAUCGCUGUUCACGGCAGUACACCGUGUCAUGUCCGGGGAAACGGGGCCAGGCUCCUUUUUAAUGCCAUCUUCAUGAGUAAGUGGGAACCUUUCUCUAACACUUGUCUUUAUCCUUUGUUUUAAAAAGUUGUCCUUUGGGGCUGCAGACGUGGCUCAGUGGUAUAACACUUGCCUCGCAUGCAUCAGACCUUGGCCAAUUGCCGGCACUGCUUAAAAGAAAGAAAAAGCUAACCAGGCGUGGUGGUGCACGUCUUUAAUCCCAGCACUCGGGAGGCAGAGGUAGGAGGAUUGUCGUGAGUUCGAGGGCACCCUGAGACUCCAUAGUGAAUUCCAGGUCAGCCUGGGCUACAGUGAGAACCUACCUUGAAAAACCAAAAAAAAAAAAAAAAAAAAGAGAAAAGAGAAAAGAAAAGAAACAAACAAAGAAAGAAAAAGCUAUCUCUUUCUAACACUGCAACUGGAUCAUCUUCCUUUCACUUAGUAUGUCUUCUGCUCCUUGGAACUGUAGUGGGUGAGGAGGAGGAGGCGGGGGAGGAGUGAAGGGCAGGUAGGUGAGGAAAAUCCUUGAUUGAGUCUAGCCUGUCUGAUUUCUUCUGUCCCAGAGUUCUCUUUGGAAGGCAUCAGCCAGAGCAGACUGACUCCACAGGAUCCCUUUCCACCUGUCAUGCAGGGUCUCCCCUGUUACCCCCUGAGCAAGAACACUAAGCCCCAAUUUCUGUCCCAUGCAGCACAGCCUGGCUGGCUUAGGGAUCUGAUAUACCCAUCACCAUUCUGAGGCCAUGGUUCCCCUUUCCAGCCCUUCCGCCUCUGUGUCCUUCUCUCUUCUACCCAUCUCCUUAGAGCUCCCACAUUAUUGAUGGGUGUACGUGAGUAGCUAUUUGCUUUCUAUUCUUUCUUAAGACUUAGGAAAAACCAUCAAACAGUUUAUUAUUGAGGUAUUUGUUUGUGAAAUUCCCCGCCAUUGGCAGAGUUUGACAUUCUUGAAUAUUAUAUUUUGUAAAUUUAAAUUCAAGUCAUUAGAUUGUAUCAGAUUAUAUACUUACUGAAAAACAAUUUAAAGGCACCCUUAGAUGAUUGCUUGGACCAUUCAGUUUCAAGGUCCUCCUUUCACUCAGUUUUUGUUAUUGUUCAUUUUUAUUCUGCUUUUUCGUUUGUUGCAGGGUUGCACACUGAAUCCAGGACCUCAUUUAUGCCAGGCAGGCGCUCUGCCUCUGAGCAGUUCUGCAUAUAAGUGCUGCCACAUGCUUCUGAAGUUGGAAAGAAGUGUUAGGUGUUGCUGGCAGUUCUUCUUCUGAUUCUCUUGUUCUUGUUGCUUUCCCAUCCUCAUUUUUGGAUAAAGAUAAAAGGUAGUGUAGGAGGAAGUAUAAGUCCGUAAGAAUUCAAAUGAAAAUGCAUAAUGCAUAUUCAAAAUUAUGCAAAUUAGAAAUUACUCAGGGUCAACUAAUUCACAUACUUUUUAUGCUAUUCAUUGGCUAGGGAAUAAAAAAACAAUCUAAAUAGGUCUUUGUGAUUUGUGAGGCCAAAUUUGUAAACUACAUGUUAACAGUUGUUCAGUUAAACAUAAAUUCUUAAGAAAUAUAGAUUUUUUUCUUUUGGGAUGUGAUAUUCAUUUUGUGAUAUUAUGCACAAGGAUGUAUUGGUUAAUGUCAAUUUUGUAAGUAUGUAAAUAUGUCAUAAAUAAAUAAUACUUUGGCUUA